AUUAACGAAGCCGCGAUGGACGUUGGCCUGUGUAAUUUCAAUUGGCGUGAAUGGUAACUGCGCGUAGGAUGUGACUUGAUUUUCACCUGGUCUCGAAAAACUCGUGAAUUUUGUUUUGGUAAGAUAGCUAGAUCUCCAACAAUAAUUGGAGAGUUCUUAUCCUCCAGCCAAAAUGACAGACACAAAGCGUCUUGCCUACUCCAUUAUUCAGUUUCUCCACGACCAGCUCAGGUCUGGAGCACUGUCUUCAGAUGCUCAGGAAAGUUUAGAGGUUGCUGUCCAGUGUCUGGAGACAGCAUUCGGUGUCUCUACCGAAGACCAGAGUUUAGCAGUCUCACAAACCUUGCCAGAAAUAUUUGCAAUGGCCACAGACAAGGUAGCGGAUACACCUCAAGUUAAAGUCAACUCAGCCAAUAGUUCCCCUACAGAGGAGCAACUUGCAGAGGCAGAACAACUUAAAAGCAAUGGCAAUGAUCAAAUGAAGGUAGAAAACUUCAGUGCGGCAGUGGAAUUCUACUCACAAGCUAUUCAGAUUAAUCCCCAAAAUGCAGUGUAUUACUGCAACAGAGCUGCAGCUUACAGCAAACUUGGUAACUAUGCUGGAGCUGUACAAGAUUGCGAACUUGCAAUUGGAAUUGAUCCAAACUACAGCAAAGCGUACGGAAGAAUGGGACUGGCUCUUGCCAGUUUGAACAAACACACAGAGGCUGUCGGCUACUACAGGAAAGCCCUGGAACUGGAUCCUGAGAAUGAGACAUACAAAUCAAAUCUGAAAAUAGCUGAGCAGAAACUGAAAGAAACAGCCAGCCCAACAGGGGGUAUGGGUGGGGUUGACCUGGCUGGACUGCUUAGUAAUCCUGGCUUCAUGAGCAUGGCUUCUAACUUGAUGAAUAACCCACAAGUGCAACAACUCAUGUCAGGAAUGAUGUCAGGAGCAUAUGGUGGUCCUAUGGGUGGCACCAGCGCUGCGUCUUCUGGAGCAGGAGCUGCUCCCGCAGACCUUUCAGGUCUAAUUCAAGCUGGUCAGCAGUUCGCACAGCAAAUGCAGCAGCAGAACCCUGAGCUCAUUGAGCAGUUAAGGAGUCAAAUCCGAAGCCGGCCACCUAGCGCUAGUAAUGAAGAGCAAUGAUGCUUACAAUGCUAAAGAAUUAUCAUGGGGACAUGCAAAGAAGACUGGCUGACUGUCUACUUUUUUUGUUUUUUUAACCCCAGGGAUAAGACCAAUUUUACAUCACAAUUAGUGCAUGUGUGACUGGCUCCAUUCCCUGCCUUGGCUAUUUUUUGAAGAAACCAGUCUAGCCUAAAUUUUUAGGUCAUAGCAGGUCAACUUAAAAAAAAACCCCCAACAACUUCAGUUGUACAGAUGUUUCAGACUGGUUUAACAAAAAGAUUUCAGUGUAACUAAUCCAUGCUAUUGGAUUGUCAUACAAGAAUCACUGUUACAUGGACUGGAUGCAAACUUGCAGAAUUGACCCAAAGUGAUUCCUUUUUACAGUAACAGCUGUCUUUGAUCACAUGAGUUUGUAAGGGAUAUGUACAACGUCGACGUUAUGGAUAUUAAAUGUCAAAUUUCAA